AAACCAAAUCGCCAGACUGACUAUUACGAUAUCUCGCCACGCCCCUUUGGAGUGCCAGCGGCAUCGGCGGUAUCUGGAGCUGGAGCUGGAGCGGGAGCGGGAGCGGGAGCCGGAGCGGGUAGUGGUGCAUCGCUGACCAAUGGCUUCACACGCUCGAAGGCGAUACGGAAUGGAGCGGGCAAUAGCCUGAACGGAGGAGGAUUCCAGCCGCAGACGCAGCGCGUCAAUGUGCCCCACCAGCAGACGCAAUUUCUGGCCCACUUCAGCGAGUCCGGGAACGACAAGCGUCCGGCGACGCCGUCCAACACUCGGCCGUAUGGCAAUGGCGGUGGCUUCUCACCCAGUCGGACACGGACCCAGGCCCCGGUUUCGGCGCUGCCCGAGAACCCAGCCACGCCCGCCUCUACGCCCUUUAGGCCAAGGAAUCGGUAUCAGCCAGGAAGCAGUGCCACUCCAUCCAGCACCUCAACGACCACGGACAGUGCGGAGGUCACCAGCAAACGGUACAAUCGCUUUGGCAGCAACCGGGUCAAGUCCACCAGCACCACCUCGACUACGCAGAACACUCCAUCGGAACGUCCAAGCUUUGGCAGGAAGUCCCCGAAUCCCCGACGGCCAGUGUUCAUCAGUCGCGAGGUGAACGAGCCCGUGAGCUUGGUCAGCAAGAGGCCCUUCAACUACAGCGCAGCCAGGCUGAAGUUACCCGCCAGACCCACCGCUCGCACCACUAGCACCACCGAGAGCGCCGAGGAGGAGGAAGAGGAGGCCCUGGACGAGGAUCAGGACGAUGAGGAUCAGGAGAACAGCGACGAGCAGUAUGAGCAGGAAUCCGAUGAGGGACCGGAGGAUCAUUCGCAGUCUUCCAGUUUGGAGAAACUGCCCCUUCAGGAGGAGAAUGUUACCCCAGUGACAGUGGCCAAGAGUGAAGCAUCUCCACCUGCGGAGCCCUCCGAGGUCACCACCAUUUCGGAAGUAGAUAAUGAGAGCAGCACCGCUAGCACCGAAGAAAGCCAAACGGAUGUCUCGGAAGUAACCAACGCCGAAGUGGAGGCCACCACCUUGGUCUCUGCUCAGGAAGAGGAGAUCGCUGAGGAAGCCACAACCAUUAUGCCGCAGGAGAACCAGUCCACCGAGGAACUCCAAGUGGAAGAACAAGCCGUGACCACUGAGACACCCGUUGAGAGCACCUCCGAGCAGGAGGAAGUUGUGAGCCCAAAGGCGGAGGAGAAACCAGAACAGGAGCCCAAAUCCACGAAGCAGGAGGAGCACAGUUCGUCCAAGCAGGAAAGCCACAGCUCAUCCAAGCAGGAAGAGCAAUCCGAGUCCCAGUACGAUGAUGAAGGCGAAGGGGAGGACUAUGAAUACGACGAUGAGGAAGGCGGCGAAGACUCAACCAAAGAGGUGGAAGCGCAGGACUCCAAGCCGUCAUCCACUCCCAGUGCCGAGCAUGUGGAUGAUCGCGAAAUCAUAUCGGUUGUUACCACCAAGAGUGUGGUCAAUGGAUCUACCGUUCUGCCAGCGCCAGUCACGCCUAGUUCCAACACCAUAACAGAGGAGGAGGGAGAGGAAUCCCUGUCCGAGCUGAAGGUGGACACCACCACUCCCAUUACCCUGGAAACGGAAGAAAAGGGAUCCAAUGCCACGGAGAACUAUGUCGUGGUGGCUUCCAUUCAGCCCAGUCGCAGCAUCAAUGGUGCCAGGUUCCUGCCCUUCCCCGCCAUCGAGCAGGAGGAGACCAAGCAGACCCUAUCUGAGCUGGAGCGGAAGGUGCACUCCAAGCAGCAGAAGCAGCCAGAGGGCAGUGAAGAGGUUCCCGUCGUCAGCUCAUCCGUUCAGCCACCGGUGGCUGCCUCCACCGAGAGCAUUAUCGAUAAGCUGGAUCGCGUGCAGUCAGAGCUCUCCAGCGGCCUGCUUUCUGGCAAGUAUCCCAUCAUCAGCCAGAUGGACUCAUCGACCCCGGCGACCAGCACCACCGCUGCAUCGGGCUCUGGCAAGUUCGUGCCCCACAUAAGGAAGUUCCAGCCCAGGACAACCUCUGCUCCCAGCACCACCAGCAGUGGCAGCAAACUCAAGGUACAGCACUUCGACGAGGGUGAAAUGGACGAGCUGGCGGGACUCCUGCCAGUGGGCUUCAAGCCCAAGUCAAGCUACAAGAACCGCAAGAUUACAACAACGACGUCCACGACAGAAGCUCCGCCGGCAGAGCUGGCAAAGCCCAAGCCAGGACGCAACUCUACCAUCAGUCGGUCCUUUAAGAGCGGCCAGGUGACAGUGCAGGACGUGGGUCUUGCGGGACUCCUGCCCAAGGGCUAUAAGCCGCCCAGGACAACUACUACCACGACUACGACAACGAAAAAACCGGAUGCCAAGCCCUCUUCUGGCCUAGAGAGUCUCUUCAGCGAGGUGAAGUUCGACGAUAGCCUGGCCGCCCUUUUGCCCAAGGACUACAAACUGAGCAGUACUCCCAAGCCGGAGGUUUCGGUGGUGGAUGACAUCUCCAAGUUCCUGCCGCCGGGCUACAAGGCGAAUGCCAGCACUCCCAGCUCGACCACUCCCCGAAACCUGCCAGUGGCUGUGCCCUUCGAUGACUUGAGCAAGUUCCUGCCGCCCGGCUAUAAGGCUCCCAAGGAGAAGGAGCAACCAAAGCUGCCGGAGGGUGCAACGCCCAUUAAAAUUGAUGACUUGAGCAGUCUGUUGCCGCCAGGAUUUAAGCUGAAUGAAACCAGCAAGACGGAGAGCGAGGCCAGCGAUGAGAUCCCUGCCUCGCUGCUGCCACCUGGCUACAAGUCGAAGAAGGUUCAUCCCGCCUCUACGACCACAACGACAGGUAAGCCCAAGGCCGCGGCAUCCAGCACCACUGAGGCAGCCGCUGUGACCGAGACUAGCGGGGGAAGCGGCCUGAAGGUUGUGUUCCCCAAGGGUUUCCACAAGCGAUUGAGUGCCCAGCGCAUCACAACUCCGCAUCCCUCUCAUGACGGCGGUGCCACUGAACCCAAAAAGGACGAAGGAUCACCGCAAGUGGUGAUCAAGAAGGGUCCUCCAACCAGAGCCACCACAGAGUUCACAGGCUGGCCAACUCCGCCAACUACUCCACUGUCCAUCGACAAGCUGAACGCACAGACCAUUAACUUUGAGGAUCUGCUGACCGCCAGUGGAACAAGUAGCACCAGUAGCAGCACCACCACGACGACGAGUACAACGACCACGACGACCCCGCGACCCACGAAACCAGGUCACUGCACCGCCGACUGCGAUCUGGCGGCCACCAUCAAGAUCAUCGAUGGCGUGGCCUGGAAACCGGAGCUGCUAGACCACAACACGCUCGAAUGGAAGAAUCUGGCCCACGAGCUGGAGGCACAGCUCAAUGAAGUCUACUCGGGAGCUUCGCAGCUGAAUAAGUGGUACAAGAAGGUGCGCAUCGAUAGCUUCAGCAAGGGCAGCGUCCUGGUCGACUAUUACGUGGAGCUGGCCAACAUCACCGAGGAUGUGGAUACCCUGGAAAUACGUCAGCUGUUCCAUGAUGCCCUAACCAAGCCAGCAACGCCAUCCGUGCCGGAUAAGGAUGCCCAGGAGAAUGAGACGGACAGUGUGUCGGGACCGCAGGAGGAGCAUUUAGUCACCGCCAGUUAUCAGAUGGGCAAAUACAUUAUUGAUCCGGUGGCCACAGAUUUUAGUGUCAUAGCGAAGAAUGUGCACACCAAUGUGGAGUAUCCCGAGGAGGAUCUGCUUAUACCCCAAUGGGCUAUUGUGGUGAUCGUUAUUGGAGUGGGCUCCCUGGUCUUUGUCAUCAUCUUUGGCGUUACAGUGCUGCUGAACCGCCAAAAGAGGGCCAAGAAGGCUCCGAUCCCUUUGACCAAUGACAUGCUGAACGAGCUCAAGGUAAACCAUAUGGGCGGUGUGGAUAACUAUGGCGUGGAUGACUUCUACAACAUAGACGAUCCCUGGAAUGAUACAAAACAGCCUAUCAAACCAAAGCGCUUCACCAACUCCAUGCACGGCAGCAACAGUUCCAACAUUUAUGACAGCUGGCGCUCCACUCGCCAUGCGCACACCAGCGGUGACUACUUCUAUGACCAACAGCCGACGUACUCCCAAAAGGGCGACUCCCUGAAGAGGCCGCAGCAUCACCACCAUCACGGAAGUCACAGCAACCACGGCCAGUACAGUGGGCGGGAUCAUCACCAGCCGCAGCAGCAUCAGCAGGCGUACGGACACCAGUAUCCGGAUGCCUUUGCCGAUGCCCACCAGAUGUACAGCUACAACAAUCAUGCGAGUAGGACGCGCUACUCGCGCGACUACGAUCCCGACUUCUGAGCUGCUUCGGAGACCUCCUCCAGCCAGGGCACCAACUAGCUUUAGUAACCUGCGAACGACUCGAGUUGUAACUUAAUAGUGUAAAGAGCGAGGAGCAGAGAGAGUAUCGUAUUUGUAAGGCUGCUAUAAUUUAUCGUAUAUACUGCCCGCUGGCCACAGCCAUAGCCUAGGCCUAGGCGUUGUGGUCAAGCAAAGCUAUCUACUUCUUACACCCAAUAUAUGGAGCUGCUAUAUCCGGAUGCCUUACACUUCCUUACACACUUAAUAUGUAUACGUUUGAAGGAAAUGUUCAUUAAUAGACCUUUGGGGCAUGCCCCGAAAUUAAAUAGUCAUGCACUCUUAGUUAAUCUUAGCGAGUAAGUAAGAAAUAGAUACACUACAUAUAUACUUUGUAUUAUUUAAAGUACUGGCGGCUUGCUAU